CACCACUGACAAUCUGUUGGGGUUUACACGGCGAGAAGCCAAGCUGGCCGAGAGAGUGAGAGAAGUUGAGGCACAGAACCAUUUGUUACGAAGGCAGCUCAGUAUUUCUCAGAAUCAUCUCAUGAGCAUUAUGGUUAAAGCCCAGCAAAAUGAAAGUAGCAUCCACACAGGCAAAGAAUCUCUCGAGAGUACUGCAACACAGGAAAGAAUUGGACAAAAGUCAUUUGUGUGCGUUAACCCAGAACCUGAAGUGCCAAAAUGCGAAGUGAUCCAUGUAUCCAUUGUUUGUGCUGGCUACAAUUCUAGUAGAUCUGUUGUGACACUUAUAAAGAGUAUUCUUUUUUAUCGCAAAAAUCCUCUGCACAUUCAUUUUAUCUCUGACUCGGCAGCCCAGCUUAUACUACAAACGUUGUUUCAUACGUGGAACGUUCCUGGAGUGGAUGUUAGUUUUUACCUAGCCGACAAUGUAAGGGGUGAAGUUGCAUGGGUUCCUAACAAACAUUACUCCGGUGUCUAUGGCUUGAUGAAGUUGAUUUUAACAAAAGCUUUACCUGACAUUUUAGAGAAGAUAAUUGUUUUGGACACGGAUGUAACAUUUGCCACAGAUAUUGCAGAGCUUUGGAGAAUUUUUCACAAAUUUUCCUCAAAACAGGCAAUUGGUUUAGUAGAAAAUCAAAGUGAUUGGUAUUUAGGAAAACUAUGGAAAAAUCAUCGGCCAUGGCCAGCUCUUGGUCGUGGCUUUAACACUGGAGUCAUUCUCCUCCAUCUGGACAGACUGAGAGAGCUUUCUUGGAUGCAGAUGUGGAAGUUGAUAGCAGAGAAGGAAUUAUUGAGUAUGUUGUCCACUUCACUGGCUGAUCAACUGUGUUACACAGAAGUUCAAGAUUUAAAGGUGAUCCACUGGAACUCUCCUAAGAAACUGAAAGUAAAGAACAAGCACGUUGAGUUUUUCCGUAAUCUUUACCUAACAUUUCUUGAGUAUGAUGGUAACUUGUUACGUCGUGAGCUGAUAGGGUGUAAUAAUACCAGAAGUACACAUCUGCAAGACGUGUUAAAUACCAUUGAUGAAGAUGACCCCUGUUAUGAGUUCAGAAGAGCAAGAGUGGUAGAGCACAGGACCCACUUAUAUUAUAUUGAAUAUGAUUAUGAACCUUCAUCUGAAGGGAAUGAUGUCACUCUUGUAGCUCAGUUGUCUAUGGACAGAUUGCAGAUGGUAGAAGCUCUUUGUAAACAUUGGGAUGGUCCCAUCAGUUUAGCUCUGUACAUGUCUGACUCAGAAGUUCAACAGUUUCUAAGUUACACUUUAAGUUCAGAAGUCCUUCGAAAUCGCAAAAAUGUUGGUUAUCAUAUUGUGUACCGAGAAGGGCCUUUUUAUCCGGUAAAUCUUUUGAGAAAUGUGGCCUUACAACAGGUCACGACCCCUUUUGUUUUCCUCACCGAUAUUGACUUCCUUCCUAUGUAUGGAUUAUACGACUAUAUGAAAAAAUCUAUUUCUGCACUGGGAUUAGAGUCUUCUAAGAAAGCACUUAUUGUUCCUGCUUUUGAAACUCAAAGAUAUCGGCUAUCCUUUCCUAAGUCCAAAGCUGAACUUCUUUCCAUGCUGGACAUGGGUACAUUGUUCACCUUUAGAUAUCACGUGUGGACCCGUGGUCAUGGGCCUACUAACUAUGCCAAAUGGAGAACAGCUACCACUCCAUACCGAGUUUUGUGGGAACCUGAUUUCGAACCUUAUAUUGUAGCUUCCCGAGAUCUUCCUGAGUAUGACAGACGUUUUGUGGGGUUUGGAUGGAAUAAGGUGUCGCAUAUCAUGGAGCUUUAUGCACAAGGGUUUGAGUUCAUUGUACUUCCUAAUGCUUUCAUUGUGCAUAUGCCUCAUGCACCAAGUUUCGACAUUGCAAAGUUUAGAUCAAGUUCUCAGUAUCGGAAGUGUUUGAAGAUUUUGAAACAGGAGUUUGUCAAGGAUUUGUCACAGAGGUAUGGUAAACAGUUCACUGUUGAGAGACGCAAGUUAAAAAGGUAACAGCACAUUUUUUUUUUUUUCAUGAAAUGUGGUUCUCUCUUAAAUCAUCCAGUACAGUGGGAUAUUGGUGCUUACAUCUUGCAGUUCCUUGGUUACCAUAUGUGGAUCCUGUAACAUCGUUCUCAAACAAAUAUUGGAUUUAUACUCAAAAUAUUAAAUUAUGUAUCAGAAGAAGAAAAUUUAUUGUGAGUUUUUAAGCCUCCUCACUUUUUUUCUCUAAAGAACUAGUGAACUACGUCUGUUAAAUCACUCGAGUACUCAUCCUACGACAUUGAAAGGAGCAAUUGUUGAAAUUACCGUCAUUGUGGCAUCAGUAUAUAUAAAAACUAUGUUAUGAAUACAAAGUACUGUUAAACUGACCAGAAACUAAAAGAAGUAUUUCAUGGAAGAGGACAAUUUGUAAUAUAAAUCAGUGGCAAGUACAUCCUUUCAUUUCAUCAGUAUCCUGUAGCUGUCCAAACAAAUCUAAUAUCAGUGUAUGAUUGUCAGUACUUCAUUGUUUGUUUGUUAUUAAGCACAAAGCUACACAAGGGGCUCUCUGUGCACUGCCCACCACGGGUAUCGAAACCCGGUUUCUAGCGUUGUAAGUCUGCAGACAUACUGCUGUGCCACUGGGGGGCCAGUACUUCAUAUUAACAACUGUGUAAGAUGUGCUAAGUGAAAGUUGCUAUUCGUUAAUGUAAUCCUUUCUGUUCAUCAGACGUCGAAAUUGUUUUAACGGUGAUAUAAAAACGCGUGUUUCUCUUAGGAUACGGAGAAUUUUACAUCAAAAUUAUUUAAGUCCUGAUGUUGUUAUAUUUUCAGCCAUUGUUUUUAAUGUCAAAACUCAUAACUUUAAUGGUUGUCUUUCCAUAAUAACUUUUUAUAUAACAGAUUUGCAAUAAAUUUGUACCCCAAAAUA